AUGGAAAGAAGUAUGACAGGAAAGAGAAAAAUAGAAAAGAUAAACCACCAAACAAUUAGAAAUUUAACUAAAACACAAGAUAUAAAUGCUAAAACUAGACAUCUAAAAUGGCGCUGGGUUGGACACAUAUUACGUGGAAAGAAUAAAUGGAGCAAGGUUAUAACUACUUGGUAUCCAAGACAAGGACACAGAAAAAGAGGACGACCAAAUGGAAGAUGGGAGGAUGAAAUAGUUAGAACAGCAGGGAAGCUAUGGACCAGGAUCACACAAGACAGAACAGAGUGGAAAAGAUUAGAGGAGGCCUUUGCUUUGAAGCAAGCAGACGACCAAGAACUUGAUAUUGUAUAA